AUGGGAAGUCUUCCCACGCAUCGCUGCAACGCAGCAAAACCUUUUAGUCAUUGUGGUCUCGAUUACGGUGGACCGUACCAAAUUCGCAGCGCGAAAGGCAGAGGCCAUCACAGUUAUAAGGGCUAUGUUGCCCUAUUCUUCGGACAUAUACAGCGACUGUGCUACAACGUAGCCGAUGCGGAACUAAAAGCAGAUCUGGCCAGCUUUCGACAACAGCUUGAGGCGGCAGCACGGUACGUGCCAACUUGGGGAGUAACAUGGCAUUUCAUACCACCUGGAUCUCCAAAUUUCGGAGGCAUCUGGGAGGCGGGUAUAAAAAGCAUAAAACAUCAUUUAAAGCGCAUAAUUGGCAGCGCGAAGCUGACAUUUGAAGAAUUUUAUACUCUUUUAAAGCAAGUGGAAGCAGUGCUUAACUCGAGGCCGAUCUCGGCACUAACAGAAGACGCAACGGACUUAGCUGCGUUGACCCCUGGCCAUUUUUUGGUGGGCGGUCCGUUAGUCGCUACUCCCGAACCAAGUUUACUUGAUGUUAAUCCAAAUCGACUCAAAAGGUGGAAACAGCUUCAACAAAUGCAGCAACAUUUCUGGGCCCGAUGGAGUUGUGAGUACUUGCGAGAACUACAAGUAAGACGCAAAUGGCAUCAAACUAGCACCAAUCUAUCACCCGGAGACUUGGUCUUAAUACGCGACGAGCGCGCUCUUCCCACUCAGUGGACGUUGGGUCGUAUAAUAGACGUGCAUCCAGGAACUGACGACGUUGUCAGAGUGGCAACCAUUCGUACGCCAACUUCCAUUAUCAAGCGAGCCAUAUCAAAGUUAGUACUGCUGCCUAUGGAGGACACCUGA